CAAUUCAGAGGAAGUUUAGAGAAGAAGAGUUGAAGAGUUGUGUUCUAUUUAUUCAAUUUACUGAAGACAAAUUUAUUGAACUUUUGCUUUUUACUCAUGCUUACCCUUAUUCAAUUUUAAAAAUGUAUUUAAAUUUACAGUUUUUCUCUUAGGAAGGUAGAAAUAUUCAUCCCAAUAUGUCUCAUUUUGAAUUCGUGUUACCCUUGAACAAAGAAGACCUCCGAACUGCAGAUGAUCCUAGUCAGUACCAUGUCUCUGACUUAGUUGAUACUGGAGAUCUUAACAGGAAGAUAGAAGAAUGCCGAACAGCAAUACAAGAAGAAGGCUUUUAUUUUAUCGUUGACCACUUUGAUACCUUGUAUACAGUGCUGGUAACAUUCCGUAACAUGAAAUGGCCUGUUCUUCAGCGCUUCUUCAAAAAUGUUUUGAUAAGAGGUUUAAAACAGCUUCAAAGUGGUCUGCAACUCUAUCUGGAAUCAGGAUCCACGGAGGAGAAUCUCAAAGCAUUAAAUGCCACUAAGAUGAUGUUGUAUGUAUAUACCGAUUUUGUAAAAUGUUUAAGCGAAAAAAUCACUGAAUGCUAUGACACCUCUAUGCUGGAAACAGGAAAGGGUCGAAAGAAAGCUACCUCAGCAGUAUCGAAGCUGGCCGAAGAAUUCGAUUGGUAUUGGGAGGACGACCAGAGAGAGGGAUUUGAACUCGUCCAUGAAAUUUUAGCCCAGCCAAUCCAUAAAUUAUGGGAUCCACCCGUGGCUGAUGAGGAGUUUGUCAACAUGAUUGCCAACUGCUGUUAUAGAACUUUGGAGGACCCCACAAUUGCAGCCGCAAAAUCAAAGCCAUUAAGAGAUAUUUUGUUUAAAGUCAUCGCCCAGUUGAUCAAAAAGUACAACCACGGACUCAGUUGUACUGUUAAAAUCGUUCAGCUGAUCAAACUUUAUGAGCAUUUAAUCACACCACUAGCGCAUGCCACCGUUAUGUUUGUCACAAGCUACGGCUGUAAGUCACUUGUCCGUGAGAUUGUGAGGGAAAUAACCGAUUCAAAAGACUCCAUAUCUGCCGAAGACACAAGCACAACCAGAGCAUUUUCAGCAUUUCUCGUUGCAAUUGCUAGCUGUGAUGCCAGUCUCAUCCGACCUGUUAUGAGCAAUUUAGUGCAACAUCUUGAAUCAGACCCGUACACCAUGAGGAAUUGUGUGCUCACAAUCCUUGCCGAGCUGCUCGUAAAAGUACUGAAAGGUGAAGAGUUAGACGAAGAGGCCAAAGAAGAGCGUGAUGAAUUUUUUGAUUACCUCAUGGAACAUAUUGUCGAUAUUGCUGCAUUAGUGAGGUCCAAGGUGCUGCAGCUUUGGCAAGACAUCUGCCGAAGCAAUGCCUUGCCCAAACAUCGAACCAUACCACUUCUAGAGGCAGCCAUUGAGAGAUUAAGCGAUAAAAGUGUUUUUGUCUCCAAGAAUGCAAUACAGCUCAUCAAAAUCAUGCUGGAAAGGAAUCCAUUUGCAGCCAAGCUUGGAUUGGAAGAAUUGCAAAAACAGUAUGAUGAGGAGCAACAACGUUUGCAGGAAAGUGAAAAGCAAAAUGAUGAAAAAUUUGUUGAGCUGGAAAAGGAAUGGGACACUAUUAAAGAAGACCUUACAGAAUUUCUCAAAGAAGAGACCAAAAAAGAGUACAUUGGUGAAAAAGAUGGUCUGGCCAAUACUGCAGUUCUGUCAAAAGCAAUCCAAGACAUCAAAGCUUGUCUUAAAGAGAGGGACUUCGAGAAAGCCUAUUCUAUUUUUAAAUUCGCUGAGGAAAAGUUUUUAAAUACUUUUGCUACAAAGAGUCAAGAUCUGGAGUCUGAUGACAAAGUAGAUUACCUCUGUCACACGAUGCAUCUAAUUUGGUUGGGUAAACUGGACGAGGCAGACAUCGAUACUGAAAAUCGGAAAGCUGUGGUCUUGUAUUUGGAGGAUUGCAUCAAAUUCGUCAAGUGUAUCAACCAAGCUAUUCCUAUCAUCUGCCGUUUGUUAUUGGGAAAGCAAACAUCGGAAGUUCUUGAAGCAAUUGACUUUUUCACAGCAGCCAAGCAGUUCGGGCUCCAUGGAGCAGAAAAAGGCGUCUGCUGUAUGCUUGCCUUGGUUCACUCCAAAGAGCAGGGCAUCAAGGAAGCUGUGACGAAAGCAUACAAAACUCUCUACUUAGAUACGCCAGCUGAAAAUCCUAGAACCAAAGCUGUAGAGAUUGUUAGAAAGCUGAGUGACCUACUUCGUUCAGUAACGGUAGAACAACAAUUUGCUUUGGAAGAAUUCAUCAAAGAGUGGGUCAAGGAUAGAAGUCUGGAUAAAAACUGUAUCAUGGUUAUGUGGGAGCGUUUUUCCAAGAAAUUGGAAGACACGAGCGAUGAUGAUAGUAGAGCAGCUCUAGCACUCUUGACCAUGGCAGCAAGCGCUGAGGUACAAAUUGUGAGAGGCAACAUCGAUGUCCUUAUCAGCCAGUGCCUUGCUCACGAAGAACGGCAAAAAGAUCUCCUGCUUGUCAUGCACACUUGCAAAAUGCUAUUGAAACUCAAUUCAGGAAAGAAUAAACAACCAAGAUUUCCAGCCGAUCAUGAAAUCUUUGUCAACCUCACUACCAUUAUUUUGAAUGAUUUUGAGGAUAUUGACAACAAAUUUUACACACCAAUGGUAUUUCAAGGGCUAAAUGUUAUCUAUGAGUUAUCGGAUACUCCUGAUAUAACUUGUUCUACAAUCGUGAAGAGCAUGUGUGAGAAAUUGAAAAAUUCUUUCGGGAAAGACAAAGAAGGCACGAAUCCAGAUGAAUUUUAUGAUACAUUCACAGAACCAGUAUACAGUGAGAAAUUAGUAGCAAGAUUAGUAGCAGUAGUUUGUCACAUUGCAUUUCGGCAAUGGCAGUAUUUAGAUGGAGAUGUUUUCAAAGAGCUGAAGUAUAGGAACACCAUUCGAGAGGAGAAAAAACGUAAAUCCAAAAAGUAUAGGAACAAAAGUGUGUUAACCCCCAGUGGUGACAGCAGUAUCAGUGAUCCCAAGGACCAAUCAACCUGUGAAGAAGGAGAAGGAAUUGCAGCAGCAGACGAUGCAGCCCAAGAGCUAAUAAGAAAAGUCUGUGAAUCUGAAAUUGUUACCGGCAAAGGGCUACUUGCUGUAUUCUGUCCGAUGAUUCUCCACAUUUGUCAGAAUCCUCAAGUUUUCUCUGGUGAAAUACUGAAAUCAGUAGCCUCUGCAGGGCUGUCAAAGUUGAUGAUGGUAUCUUCCACUUUUUGUGAGGAUCAAAUUCAGUUAUUUGUCACCAUGUUGGAACGAUCUCCAGAGCCUGCUGUUCGUACAAACUUAGUUUUAGCCUUUGGUGAUUUCUUGUUCAGGUUUCCUAACCUAAUAGAACCGUGGACUCAUCAUCUUUAUGCAAGGCUUCGAGAUGAAUCCUCAAGUGUAAGGUUAAAUACUCUACUAGUCCUCUCUCAUUUAAUCACAAAUGAAAUGGUCAAAGUCAAGGGUCAGAUCUCAGAUGUAGCUCUUUGCAUGGUGGAUGAGGAUCCAAUCAUCAAAGAUAAAGCACAACAGUUCUUCACGGAAUUAUCAGGAAAAGGGAACACUCUUUAUAAUGUUAUGCCUGAUAUCAUCUCGCGACUGUCAAAUCCGGAUCAAGGAGUCACAGAAGAAAACUUCCAAAUUAUUCUCAGGUUUUUGAUGGAGCUCAUUAACAAAGAAAAACAAGUAGAGUCACUAGUCGAAAAACUCUGCCACCGCUUCCGUGGAUCAAACUCCGAACGUCAGUGGCGCGAUCUGUCCUUCUGCCUCACAUUGAUGCCUAUCAACGAACGUAGCUUGUUUAAGCUUAUUGACAACUUCUCCUGCUUCGCAGACAAACUCACCUAUCCUCCGGUUCACAAAAACUUUGAAAUUGUCAUCGGGAAUGUCAGCAAUAAAAAUUCAAAGCAAAAUGUCAAAGAUCUCCUCACGAACUUCAAACAGAAAAUUGAGCGAGUUCGCACGAAAGGUAUUGACUCGUAUUUCCAGCCAAUAGAGAAAUCCUCCAGUUCGGACACACCUGGUGGCAAAUCGCAGAGAUCAAGUUCCAUGACUCCAGCUACAGUUAAAAAGAGUGGAAGGCCAAAGCGUCUGAAGAAAAUCGUCAUGAGCAGCCCUGAGGAGUCUUCUGGAUCAUCCAAUGAAUCUGAUGAGGAGCCACCUAGGAAAGUACCACAGAAAACACCAAGAACCAACCCUAGAAGGAGAGUUUUAAUGUCAUAAUCAAGGUUCCUCCAUCUAUAAAAGGCAAUCAAAUGUAUUUAUGAGUUGGUUUCACUGUCUGAUUUCCUGACGAGUUCAUUUGUUUGUUUGUUUGUUUCUUUUUUUGUAAAAAAAUGUCCCUGUUCCGUUUUACACGGAAAGUAAUUGUUGUUUUGUUGAUACACUUUUUGUAAUAUUUUUUGAAGAAAGUAUUUUUCUAUCUGUGUAUAAUUGGCUUCCAAAAUUUUGUACUUAUAAUUUAUUUAAAUUGAUCUUUAGGCGUGUAUAAAAAAUUUUCUCAUAACUUUCCAUUAAUAAUUAUAUUUUAUUCUCUUUGAACUUAUCCUAAUUUGAAUCAGCUGCAACAAAUUUGCUCUGUCUCAAAAUUAAAGAUCAUAUUUCAAGGAGAAGAAAGCGGUUCAAGCUUCAAAGAGAUUUCAAAUAAAAUGAUUCAUUGAGCACCUUUUAAGAUUUUUCAUACUUAGACUAUUAAUUUUCAAAUGAAUCACCAGACUGUACAAAUAAGCUAUACAAUCUGUGUCACACCGCUAAUAAAAACUAAUAACGAACACUAGAGAAACUUAUUUUCAAAGCAUGCAAACUGUAAGAUAUGUAGAGAAAAAAAAAGAAAAAAAACUAUUGAUGCCACUUACCUUUUCCUCAGUCCUCACCACUAACUAAAUGAUAACUUAUUUGGAAUUCCUAUAACUUAUUUUGGAAUAAAAAAUGAAAAACCCUAA